AUGGGCUGGAAGGCACCCCGCAAUCAGCUGGCCACCAACGCGUCCCACAAAAGUGCGCCAGACAUGGGCAGCAUGAAGAAGCUACACCACUACCGGCCUGACACGGUGAUGCUGUGCAAGAUCCGCCACUACCGAAAGUCCACCGAGCUGUUUAUCCACAAGCUACAGUUUCAGCAGCUGGUUUGCAAGAUCGCAAAGGAAUUCAAGACCGACCUGCACUCCCAGGGCUUGGCCGUCAUGGUCUUGAAGAAGGCGUGUGAUGCCGACCUGGUGGGGCUCUUAGAGGAUACCAACUUUUGUAUCAUCCACUCCAAGCGUGUCAUCAUUAUGUCCAAGGACAUCGAGCUGGCAUGCCACAUCCGCGGAGAGAGGACAAGUUUACGAACGUUUACAAUGCUAUAA